CAGAUCGCGAGCGCGUAGUGACUGCUUCCGCCUGUUGUGUAGGUAUGGUGCCCGCGAGGAAGCGAAGAGGCGGCGGGAACCCGGGUCCGGGUCUCGCUCUGUGCUGACUGCGCCCCGGGCCGAGUGGGCUAUGGGGGACCCCGGCUCCUCGGUCACGGGAGACCGCCCCGGUGGCCGGAGCUGGUGCUUGCGGCGCGUGGGGAUGAGCGCCGGGUGGCUGCUGCUGGAGGAUGGAAACGAGGUGACUGUAGGGCGAGGAUUUGGUGUCACAUACCAGUUGGUAUCAAAAAUCUGCCCUCUGAUGAUUUCCCGAAACCACUGUGUUUUGAAGCAGAAUGCCGAGGGCCAGUGGACGAUUAUGGACAACAAGAGUCUGAAUGGUGUUUGGCUGAACAGAGAACGUCUAGAGCCUUUAAAGGUCUAUUCUAUCCGUAAAGGAGACCACAUCCAGCUUGGGGUGCCUCUGGAAAAUAAGGAGAAUGCAGAGUAUGAAUAUGAAGUUACCGAAGAAGACUGGGAGAGGAUUUAUCCUUGUCUUUCCCCAAAGAAUGACCAGAUGAUGGAAAAAAAUAAGGGCUUGAGAACUAAAAGGAAAUUUAGUUUGGAUGAAUUAGAGGGUUCUGGAUCUGAAGGCCCCUCGAAUUUGAAAUCCAAAAUGAGUAAAGUGUCUUGUGAACCUGGUCAACCAGUAAAGUCACAUGGGAAAGGUGAAGUGGUUAGUCAGCCUCCUGAAUUCUUGGAUCCUAAGUUGACUCCUCUUGAGCUAAGGGGGAAAACCAUGGGGGCUCGUGUUUACUCAGACCCCACAAAAGUUGUAGAGCUUCAUCAUAAGAAGCAAAAAGCCUCAACCCCUUCAGCAUCUCAGAGCAGCUUAGAGCUGUUUAGGGCAACCAUGUCCAGGAUUCUAAAGCUGAAAACACAGAUGCACGAGAAACAGGUAGCUGUUCUGAAUGUGAAAAAGCAAACCCGAAAAGGGAACUCAAAGAACAUUGUGAAAAUGGAGCAGGAACUGCAGGAUUUACAGACUCAGCUGUGUGCAGAGCAGGCCCAACAGCAGGCCAGAGUGGAGCAGCUGGAGAAGACUUUCCAGGAAGAGCAGCAGCAUCUCCAGGGUUUGGAGAAAGAGCAAGGAGAAGAGGACCUGAAGCAACAGCUGGCCCAGGCUCUGCAGGAGUAUCGGGCUCUAAUGCAAGAGCUAGAUCGCAGCAGGAAGGACUUCGAAGCAAUCAUCCAGGCCAAGAACAAAGAAUUGGAGCAGACUAAGGUGAUUAACUCUGCUCGCUGUCCUGUUUUGCAUACUUGCUGGUUCUCCCGAAUGACGGAGGAUUGUGUGUCUUUUCAGGAGGAGAAGGAGAAGGUGCAAGCACAGAAGGAGGAAGUUCUUAGCCACAUGAAUGACGUGCUAGAGAACGAGCUCCAGUGUAUUAUUUGCUCAGAGUACUUCAUUGAGGCCGUCACCUUGAACUGUGCCCAUAGCUUCUGCUCCUACUGUAUCAAUGAAUGGAUGAAGCGGAAGGUAGAAUGCCCCAUUUGUCGGAAGGACAUCAAGUCUAAAACCCACUCCCUGGUUCUGGACAAUUGCAUUAAUAAAAUGGUAGAUAAUCUGAGCUCAGAAGUUAAAGAACGACGAAUUGUCCUCAUCAGGGAACGAAAAGAGCAUUCCAGACCUUAAUCUCAAGGGCGGGAACAAAUCUCCUUGGUGGCUUUAUUGUGCCCCGUGUGGAAACCAAGAUCCCUGCUUCCCUGGGAUCAAGGAAGCAGAAGUGAUUGGAAAACCCUAGAGGCAAGUGAAUAAUAGAUCUCCUACCCCUUCCCGCUGGACAGAGGAGGAAUCACACCUCUCAUACGCCUGUUGCUGUAUGCCUAGUUCCUUCCUUCCUCUAGCAGAUGUAUUUAUUGAAGGCCAGCUUUGUGCCUGGAAAUAUUCUAGGUACAAGGAAUAGAAAGAGAAGUGCAGAUCUGAUCAGUUAGAUGUGGUUUGUGCUGUGGAGAAAAAUAAAGCAAGAUAGGGAUAGGGCGUGAUGGGGAGAGGGUUGGCAGUUCUGAUAGGGUAGUGAGGGUAAUCACUGAGAACGGGAUAUAAAAUAAAGCUCAGAAAUGCUCUACUUAUGCUUUAAGGUGGCCGUGUUGCCAUCUGGGGAGAGGGUGUCCCAGGCAGAGGGAAUAGGAAUGGGGAGCGUGCUAGGGCCGUUGGAGGAACAGCAAGGAGGCCAGUGUGGCUGGGUGGAGUGAGUGAUGGGGAGGGGGUAGGAAGGGAGAUCAGGAGGUUGGGUAGCUAGGCAGAUCAUCUAGGGCCUUAUAAGCCUCUGGAAGGACUUCGACUUUCACUCUUACUCUGGGAGAAAUGAGGACUAGGCUUGGAGCAGAGUCGUAAGAUCUGACAUCUAUUUUCUUGGUUCAUCUUGGCUGCUGUGUGGGAAAGAAACUGAGGGAGGCAGCAGGGAGGCCAGGGAAGGAAAUGUAGGCUCUUCCUUUAUCUCACUUUUUUUUCU